GUUUGUCAGGUCACUGCCCAGCAACCUGUGCAAGGAGAGCUUAUGCUUAGGUAUCAACAACUACAGUCACGGUUGGCUACACUCAAAAUCGAAAAUGAGGAGGUUAAGAAAACAACAGAGGCUACCCUGCAGACAAUACAAGAUAUGGUCACCCUUGAAGAUUAUGAUGUGUCAGAGUGUUUCCAGCACAGUCGCUCAACAGAGUCUGUGAAGUCAACGGUCUCUGAGACAUACCUGAGUAAGCCUAGCAUUGCAAAAAGGAGAGCUAACCAGCAGGAAACAGAGCAAUUCUAUUUUAUGAAAUUCAGAGAAUAUCUGGAAGGUAGUAAUCUCAUCACAAAACUUCAAGCAAAACAUGAUUUGCUGCAGAGGACACUUGGAGAAGGUCACAGGGCUGAAUGCAUGAUGACAAGGCCUCCAAAUCUUCCCCCUAAGCCCCAGAAACACAGGAAGCCCAGACCCCGAUCACAGUAUAGUGCUAAGUUGUUUAAUGGUGAUUUGGAGUCAUUCAUCAAGGAUUCAGGACAAGUCAUUCCUCUUAUUGUGGAAAGCUGUAUCAGAUUUAUCAAUUUAUAUGGUCUUCAGCAUCAGGGAAUUUUUAGAGUGUCUGGUUCCCAGGUGGAAGUCAAUGAUAUUAAAAAUUCAUUUGAGAGAGGUGAAAAUCCUUUGGCAGGUGACCAAAGUAACCAUGACAUUAACUCAGUUGCUGGAGUACUGAAGCUCUAUUUCCGAGGGCUGGAAAAUCCUGUCUUUCCUAAGGAAAGAUUUAAUGAUCUUAUUUCUUGUAUCAGAAUAGACAAUCUCUAUGAGAGGGCUCUUCACAUCCGCAAACUCCUCCUUACUUUGCCCAGGUCGGUCCUCAUAGUGAUGAGAUACCUCUUCGCCUUCCUCAAUCACCUUUCACAGUACAGCGAUGAAAACAUGAUGGAUCCCUACAACCUGGCCAUUUGUUUUGGGCCAACUCUGAUGCCUGUUCCAGACAUACAAGACCAGGUGUCUUGUCAGGCACAUGUGAAUGAGAUAAUCAAAACUAUCAUCAUCCAUCAUGAGGCUAUUUUUCCAGAUGCAAAAGAACUUGAUGGACCAGUGUAUGAAAAGUGCAUGGCUGGAGAUGACUACUGUGACAGCCCAUACAGCGAACAUGGUACAUUAGAGGAAGUGGACCAGGAUGCUAGUACAGAGCCCCACACGAGUGAAGAUGAGUGUGAACCCAUAGAAGCUAUAGCCAAGUUUGACUAUGUUGGAAGAUCGGCACGAGAACUCUCUUUCAAGAAAGGAGCUUCCCUUCUGCUCUAUCACCGAGCGUCUGAAGACUGGUGGGAAGGAAGGCACAAUGGAAUUGAUGGCCUUGUCCCUCACCAGUACAUAGUGGUGCAGGAUAUGGAUGAUACUUUCUCAGAUACACUGAGCCAAAAAGCAGACAGUGAGGCCAGCAGUGGACCCAUCACUGAGGACAAGUCAUCAUCAAAGGACAUGAACUCUCCCACUGACCGUCACUCUGAUGUGUAUUUAGGAAGGCAAAGAAAGAGGUCAGAACCUCUACCUCCUCUGAGACGCCCCGGCAGGAGCAGUGAUGGCCACUGCCCAGUACACCCACCUCACCCUCUCUCCAACUCAGCUGUGGAUCUGGGUUCCCCCAACCUGACAACUCACUGCAGUCCCAGAGCUCUGCUUCAAAAUCGCAACCUCAAUGCUGACAGCCCUGAAAGGCGACGUAGACCUGGGCACGGCAGCCUCACAAACAUCAGUAGGCAUGAUUCUCUGAAGAAGAUUGACAGCCCUCCAAUUAGAAGGUCUACAUCAUCUGGUCAGUACACAGGUUUCAAUGACCAUAAACCACUGGACCCAGAGUCAAUAGCUCAGGACAUUGAGGAGACAAUGAACACAGCACUGAAUGAGCUGCGUGAGCUGGAGCGGCAGAGCUCGGCGAAACACGCCCCUGAUGUCGUGUUGGACACCUUGGAACAAAUGAAAAACACACCCACCCCUGCUGCCUCCACAGAGUCACUCAGCCCUCUCCACAGUGUGGUUUUGAGGAGCUCUGAGCCCCAGAUCCGCCGUAGCACUAGUUCUUCCAGCGACACCAUGAGUACUUUCAAGCCCAUGGUGGCCCCUAGAAUGGGAGUGCAGCUGAAACCUCCUGCUCUUAGGCCAAAACCUAUUGUUCUUCCAAAAACAAAUCCUAGCAUAGGGCCUUCCCCUGCUUCCCAGGGUCCAGCUGACAAAUCUUGCACAAUGUAGACAGCUCAGCCACCCACAGUGCCCAGCCAGGAUAUGCUAGGGAAAGGGAUGGAUUAACAAUAGAAGUCAGGGCUCCAUAACAUCAUUUGUUCAUGUUUGUAACUGGAGAGGCUUUGUUUUUCAGUGUUUUUGAAUGUAUUGUCUGAAAGUAGCUACAUUAACAUGGGCAUUUGUAUUUUGUAUGGUUUCAGUUAAAAGAAAAACUGGACAAUUGUGCAUUGUUUUAGAAAAGCAAACAUAGACUUACUUGAAAACUUGAUGCUGCACCAUUUAUAAUAAAACCAACACAGAUCACAAACAGCUUGCCACGUUAUACCAUACUUCACAGUCUUACUGUAGCUUAUAAGAACAGAUCCUGCACAAAAUUAAGGGGCUGGGGAGGGGUGGGGGGAGGUCAAGGGAGGUGGGGCCUCUCAUUUGUGGGUCACCAAACCAAAUAUCAAGCAGGUUAGUAAGAACUGAAAUCUAGCACGUGAGGAUUAAGUGUCUGUGUGGAAUGUCUAAGUCAUCUCAGGCCACAUUUCUUGAAGACACACUAAAAAAAAUUAAUCACCAAACCCUCACAACUCAUAAUUGGCACUGAGUUUUAGCUUUCUUGUUGGCAGUCUCACCAGAGGCAAGUGCUUGAUGGAGCUGGAGAUCACAUUGCUCUCACCAAUAAAAUACAACAUUCCAGGACACAGCUAAAGCACAUCCCCAGAAUAAUAUCUAGAAACUCCUUUUGUUGCCCUCUGUAAUAGUGUACCUUUUCCCAUGAAGCUAGACCUUCAUCCCUCGAUUUUCACAAAAGAUGACUUCUUUUGAAGUUCAUAGUUAAGCAAGCCAGGCAAGUACCUGAACCUGUUGGU